CGCCUGCAAUAAUAAAAAGAUCAGAAAAAUUAUUAAAAUCAUUAAAUAUCCGCGAUUUAAUAGUAUUUUCCGUAACAAAUUGACAGUUCCGUGUUCCUAAGAUCGACUUUCUCAACGUGCAAUUGAAGUAUCAUCAGAAAAGCUUAAUAGAGUGCAGUAAAUUUGAUUAUAAAUUUUUUCCUAGUGAAAAAAAAAAAAAUAAAAAUGGCACACCUCAAAGAAACAAAUCAUAUUAAAAAAAUUGAUCUUCAAAUUGUGAAAACAACGGGUGGAUCAUUUCAAGUGACUGUUGAUAGUGAUAUAACUGUGGAGAAUUUAAAGAAAAUUGUAUCAAAAAAAUUAAAAAUCAGCAAAGAUCGAAUUUGCUUAAUGAAUAGUGAAAGGGAACUUCAAGAUGGAACACUUACGGAAAAUGCUAUAGUGAACGGAUCAAAAAUCAUUGUUACACCAAAUGUAGAAACCGGAUUGGCACAACGUAAGUUAAAAUGCAAUGCUGAAAACACUGUAAUGCAAGCACUUGAGUCGUUGAACGAUAAUCAAGUGAAUGACUUCUUAAGCGGCAAAUCUCCUUUAAAUCUAAGCGUAAGACUUGGCGAUCAUUUAAUGAUGAUUCAGCUUCAACUUAGUACUUUAUCACCAUCGCAACAAAAUUCGUUAAAACAAAAAGUCCUAAGUGGCUGCAAACGUUUGAUUAAUAAUUCCGAUUCAGAUCAUUCAAUGGGACCAGAAAAGCAGCGAUUGAAAACAGAUAAUGGUGACGAGACAAAGUCACCAAUCAAGUCAUUAUCAAGUAUGGUUUCGAGUCCGCUUAGCACCACCACAGUACAAAAUCACAUAAACCAUAAUUUUUAUAAAACACCCUCGUCUUCAUCGUCAUCGACAGUCGAUCCUAUUUCUGCAAACCUCACAUCGUGUCUGUGUAAACGAUUAAGCAUUAGUUGCAAUAACAAUUGUAAUGAUCAGCGUCCUAGUGAAGAACCAUGCUGCUCAUCAUCGAUGAAUUCAGCAAAUCAGCCACGACUUAUUCCAUUCCAUCAUCGCCCAUCAUCAUCAUCGAGUGCUGUCAAGCCAAAACAGAUUCACCAGUCACAAAAUCCACUACAGCAGCAGCAAAAAACAGCUUCUAUAGAUGUAAACGAGACACUAUUAAAUACCGAUAAUCCAGCUCUAGCAGAAGCAUCAAGAAAUUUGACUCAAACCUUAAGAAAAUUAUCAAAACGUGUAUUUACUAGUAAAGCACAUAUUAUGGAUAAUAAUGCAAUUAGUCGCUCGACUACAAAUUCAUCCACAUCAAGCAGCACAUCCACAACAAAUCCAUCAUCCAGUAACCAUGCCUCGACGUCAAACUCAUCAGGAGCUGUUAUUGAAUCGAUGAAGCAUCAUGGGAAAGGAAUUUACUCGGGAACUUUUUCAGGAACUUUAAAUCCGGCAUUACAGGAUAAAAAUGGAAAGCCAAAACGAGAUAUUUCCACAAUAAUUCACAUCCUUAACGACCUGCUUAGUGCAACACCACAAUGCGCCAAAAAUGGUGCGAAAAUCUUCUUUGAGCCAACACAAACAUCUUCGUCAUCAUCAUCUAAUACAAAGUUUAUUAAAAUUAAGAAGCAGUCGAGUUCGCGAACAACUUGCAUGCGAUGCGUUCCUAAUAAUGUCCAGCAGAAAUGCUUGUACGGUCAGUGUAAUGGGCACAAGACUGAUGCUGCAUCGACUAGUAAUUCAGCGACAUGCAUUUCUUCGUCAUCAGGUGUAGCACGUAGUGAGGGAUGUACAGAAUGCAAUCAGACAUUAAUUAAUCAGAAACUAGAGAUGGAAAAUAUGAAGACAAAAUCGAAAUUAGAUCAAUUGAAAUUGGUGAUGCAACAGAAGAAAGAGCGGCGCGAAGCAAGAAAAUUGAAAUGUUCACCGUACAAUACGCCACAUUCACCACAUUUGAAUAUUUCAGCAAUGUCUAAUGCUCAGCCAAUCUCCGUUCCUUUAUUAUCAGCAAAUAAUUCUAUAAACAAUGCAAAUGGUAGUCAUAAUCGGUCUGCGAUCAAUAGUAGCGGAGAAGCGCCAUUGACAGCCACAAUAAGUAGUGAGAAUCAUUUAGAGGAAGUCGAAACUGUUGCUUAGAAUAGUUCAUCGAUAUUGUUUCAUGAUAAAUACACCAAAAAACUGCAAAAAACGAUUUAUAUUAAUAUGAUAAAUGAUCAUUGAUGAUUAUAAGGUUGAACCUCAAUUCAUCGAUUCUAUUUGAUAUUCUUUCUCUUCCUUAUUAACCCGUUCUGUUGAUUUUGUUUCUAUUUUUUUUUUUCUUUUUUAUCGAGGCAAUGGCUGUUUCUAUGGACUAUAACUUUGGCAAUUGUUAUUAAUCUAAAUACCGCAGCUCUAGAUAUCAUUACCUUGCCUCGAAAUCUAUUAUAAUUCCUCUUGAAUCAAACAAGCACGACUAUUCAUUUUUUAAAUACAAUUUUUGUUAAUUGAUUUGGUUUGUUUGAUAGCAAAAUUAGUUUUUGUUUCAAUUCCUUCCGUUUUUGCGUAGCUUAAAAUUGUUAAUUAUUAUUGCUCUAUUAUUUUCAUCUGUAACUUGAUUUGUGAAAGAAAAUAAUAAUAUUUUGUAAAAUUAACACAAUAAUACAAUAUAGGAAUAAUCGUUGAGAUUUAACGUUCAUUUUAAAUUCAAAAAAUUCAGGUUUUUCAAAUUUCACAGUUUCUCACCCC